AUGUUAAAAUUUUUAAAAUAUAUUGAUGAAAAUAAAAAAGAAAGAGGUCCUUGUUAUAUGUGUAGUAAUGGGUAUUUAGUUCAAGAGGUGUUAAAUAUUUCAGUUUUAAAUAAUAAUAGAAAUAUAAACUAUUACACAACAAUAAAUGAUAAAUCAACACCUCCUAUAAGCAAUAUUAAUGUUAAAACUUUAGAUAUCGACUAUCUGCACUAUUCACAAUAUAUAAAAAAACAUUUCAAUUCUUAUUCACCAUAUAUCCCUCAUUCAGAAGAAAUAUUAAACCUACAAAAAAAAAUAUUAGAUUGUAAUGAAAAUGAAAUAGAACCAAAUGAAAGAACUCAAGCAGCAUCUCUUCUUUAUUUAUUCGAAAUAUCCAAAAAUAAAACACCAUUGAAAUGUAAUAUAGAAAUCUUUGAAAAAAUAUGGAAACUAUCAAAUGGUUUUACACAACUAAAGCUUCAAUUUGGUUUAUCAACACUUUAUUUAUUACCCAAACUAUAUGACGAAGUUAAAAAUUUUGUAAACACACUUAAAAAACUAGAAGGAGAGGGAUUUACAUUUACCAAAGAUGGAAUUUCAAAUGAUGUAAGAACUGCAACUAUAGUUUCUUUAGCUUAUGAAACAUCUGCUUUUUUGGGUAUGUGGGAAGAUAUGUUAUAUUUAAGGAAUAAAAUGAACGAUAAAUUACUUGACAAAUCAGAAUCACCAAAUACAAAUUUCUCUUCAUUUAAAAUAGACUCAAUUUAUAAAAUCAUUUCAAACCAAAUUCCUCAUUCUCUUUUUCAAGAAUCAACAAUAGAUAUAAAUAAAACAAGUGAACCAAUAAAUGAAAGUGAAGUAUAUCCUUUUAAAAUGUACGAAAUAAAAGAAAAAGGUUUAAAAAAUCCUAAACUGGUGAAUAUUAAUUAUGAACUUGAAAUUUUCGAUCCAAUAUUAAAGAAGAACCAAAUAUUGCUAGACCGAUUCAAAAAUUCAAACUACUCGAUUCUAUAUAAUGAAAAAGGAUCACUAUUAAUUAUAGGCAAAGCUGUAAAACUCAUUUUCAAUAAUAUUAUAUAUGGUGGCAUUAUUGACUAUCAAUCAAAAACAUUAAAAAUAUAUUCAGGCGAAACCAUUCUAGGGGAUAAUCAUACCUAUGAAUCCCAAUUUGAUUGCAUUUUUGAAAGCGAAGAUCUAACCAAAUCUAUCAAGCUUACUGGUACCCACAGAAAAUUUCAAAUAAAUAAAAACCAAAAACUAUAUAUCGAUACAGAAUGCUAUAUUCUAUUCGAAAACAAAAAUUAA